GUUUCGGGGCGGGCUCGGAUUGGCUGAGAGCGGCUCGCGGCCGCGGCGCGCGCCAAUGAAAGGCGGCGCUCGGGCAGCGCGAGCGGCGGCGGCGCGGGAGCAGCGGAGCGUGCGGAGAUGUCGGGGAGCCAGCCGCAGGUGGGAAGAGGCGUGCCCUGCUUGCGCUGCAGAGGGCUGUGCACGGCCUUCGAGCCACACUCCUGGAGGAAGAUCUGCAAGUCGUGCAAGUGCAGCCAGGAGGAGCACGGGCUGAGCUCGGAGCUGGACGACGACCGCAAGAUCGGGCGCCUGCUGUGGGGCUCCAGGCACGCCUCGCUGACCGCGCGCCUCAAGGGCGGCGACGGCGCCCGCGUCUACAAGAGGAACCGCAUGAUCGUCACCAACCCCAACAUCUCGGGCAAGGACCCCACCUUCGACACCAUCACCUACGAGUGGGCUCCCCCCGGGCUCACCCAGAAGCUGGCCAUGCAGUACAUGGAGCUGGUCCCCAAGGAGCUGCAGCCGGUGGCGGGCACGGAGGGCGCCCUGCAGCGGCGGCGGCGGCUGGCGCGGCAGCUCCCGCUGCACGACCAGGACCCGGCCCAGUGCCGCGGCCUCGCCGAGGGCGAGCAGCAGCUCAUGCAGGACUUCGUGAAGAGGUACAAGGCCGAGGCCCUGGGAGUUGGGGAGGUGGCGCUGCCGGGCCAGGGCGGCGGAAAGGAGGAGGAGAAGCCCCAGGAGAAGAGCAUCGACCCCAGCACAGCCCCCGAGUCACCCAACGGGGCCCUGGAGAGCACGGCCGGGAACUACCGCUGCGAGUCCUGCCGGCAGCCGCUGCCCGGGGACUGCCCCGUGGUGUUCGCCGAGCGCGCCGGCUACUCCCGCCAGUGGCACCCCGCCUGCUUCGUGUGCUGCCGCUGCAGAGAGCCCCUCGUCGACCUCAUCUACUUCUGGAAGAGCGGGGCCGCCUGGUGUGGGCGCCACUACUGCGAGAGCCUCCGGCCCCGCUGCGCCGGCUGCGACGAGAUCAUCUUCUCAGAGGACUACCAGCAGGUGGAAGGGCUGGCCUGGCACCACAAGCACUUUGCCUGCCUGGAGUGCGAGACGCUGCUGACGGGCAAACCCUUCACCCUGGCCAAGGCCAGCCUGCUGUGCAGCACCUGCAGCCAGAGCAGGGUCUGAGCAGGGCCAGCGGGGCUCCCACCAGGACCGGGGGCACUUGGAAACAGCAGAAGGGGAAGGUUACAAAAUUUAAGAGUCCAACUGUUCACUUGCAAGCAACUCCAUGUGCCCGUGCACCCAGCAGAGCGUGAGGAAAGUGUUUCCUUGGGGUCCUCUUGGGUCUGCCAGGGAGCUCUUGUGCCCACGUGUACCUGCCAGGAGGGGCUGGAAAGGAGAGGAGAGGAGGGGCUGGGCUCUGCUGGCUUUUGUCAAGUCUGUCCAACCUUCUUAUGACUAAGAUCUUGCAAUGGCCUUUUGGAAAUAACACAUCUCAACAGUAACUUCUGGCAUACUAAACCUACAGUUGUGGUCAAAAACAA